UUCAUUCUGAAGAGAAACCCUCAUCCCGCUCGUCCUUCUCGUAAAAUCUUUAAACGGACGGAAUUGAGCUCUCUCUCUCAUACUCGCAGUCCGCAGCAGUCAUGGGCAGCAAGGAUGGGGACCCGUCGCUGGGUUACCUAACCAGGAAAGACACAGAGGUGAAGCUACCACGGCCCACACGCGUCAAGAACAAGACGCCUGCCACAGUCCAAAUUACAGCAGAGCAGAUCCUCCGCGAAGCUCGAGAACGCCAGGAGGCAGAAAUCCGGCCGCCCAAGCAGAAAAUUACUGACCCCACCGAGCUUGCCGACUACCGUCUUCGCAAGCGUAAGGAGUUCGAGGACCUAAUCCGUCGUGUGCGAUGGAACGUCAAUGUAUGGAUCAAGUACGCCCAAUGGGAGGAGUCCCAAAAGGACUUCAAUCGUGCCCGCUCUGUCUGGGAGCGUGCCCUAGAGGUCGACUACCGCAAUCACACGUUAUGGCUCAAGUAUGCCGAAGUCGAGAUGAAGAACAAGUUCAUCAAUCAUGCCCGAAACGUCUGGGACCGUGCCGUUACUCUACUCCCGAGGGUCGAUCAGCUAUGGUACAAGUAUAUUCACAUGGAAGAAAUUCUUGGCAAUAUCGCUGGUGCGAGGCAGGUUUUUGAGAGAUGGAUGAGUUGGAUGCCGGACCAGCAAGGCUGGCUUUCAUACAUCAAGUUCGAGCUGCGUUAUAAUGAGGUAGAGCGUGCUAGGCAGAUUUAUGAGCGUUUUGUACAAUGCCAUCCAAAGGUAUCUGCAUAUAUUAGGUAUGCAAAGUUUGAGAUGAAGAAUGGUGAGGUUGCGCGUUCAAGGAAUGUUUAUGAAAGAGCAGUGGAGAAGCUGGCUGAUGACGAGGAGGCAGAGCAGCUCUUUGUGGCUUUUGCAGAGUUUGAGGAGCGGUGCAAAGAGAGUGAGAGGGCCAGGUGUAUUUACAAGUUUGCUCUAGAUCACAUACCUAAGGGGAGGGCUGAGGAUUUAUAUAGGAAGUUUGUGGCUUUUGAGAAGCAAUAUGGAGAUAGGGAGGGUAUAGAGGAUGCCAUUGUGGGGAAGAGGAGGUUUCAGUAUGAGGAUGAAGUGAGGAAGAAUCCAUUGAAUUAUGAUUCCUGGUUUGAUUACAUUAGGUUGGAGGAGAGUGUGGGUAAUAAGAAUAGGAUUAGGGAGAUUUACGAGCGAGCUAUUGCAAAUGUGCCUCCUGCUGAAGAGAAGCGUUAUUGGCAGCGCUAUAUUUACUUGUGGAUUAAUUAUGCUCUUUAUGAAGAGCUAGAUGCAGGAGAAGUGGAGCGCACUCGUGAUGUAUACAGGGAAUGUAUUAAACUGAUUCCUCACAAGAAAUUCUCAUUUGCAAAAAUAUGGCUUUUGGCUGCCCAAUUUGAAAUACGCCAGUUAAAUCUCAAGGAUGCUCGACAAAUUUUAGGCAAUGCAAUUGGGCAGGCUCCUAAAGGCAAGGUUUUUAAGAAGUAUAUUGAGAUAGAGCUAGAUCUUGGUAAUAUUGACCGUAGCCGAAAAUUAUAUGAGAAAUAUCUGGAGUGGUCUCCUGAGAAUUGCUAUGCAUGGAGCAAAUAUGCUGAACUCGAGAGAUCUUUGAGUGAAACUGAGCGAGCAAGGGCUAUCUUUGAGCUUGCAAUAGCCCAACCAGCAUUGGACAUGCCGGAGUUGCUGUGGAAGGCAUACAUUGACUUUGAAAUAUCAGAAGGUGACUUUGACAGAACAAGGGAGCUCUAUGAGAGACUUCUAGAUAGAACAAAGCACUUGAAGGUGUGGAUAAGUUAUGCAAAAUUUGAGGCAACUGCCUUGGAUGACAACGGCGGUGAGGAGCAAAAGGAGCUGUGUAUUCAGCGUGCAAGAAGGGUUUUUGAGAAAGCCCUUAACUACCUUAGGACAUCUGCUCCUGAACUGAAAGAAGAACGGGCGAUGCUUUUAGAAGAGUGGUUGAACACGGAGAGUAGUUUUGUUGAUUUUGGCGAUGUUAGCUUAGUCCAGCCUAAGCUGCCGAAGAAAAUCAAGAAGAGGAGGAGUGUUGUUACUGAGGAUGGCUUGACUGGGCAAGAGGAGUACUUUGAUUAUCUAUUCCCAGAGGAAACUCAGACAGCAAAUCUGAAGAUAUUGGAAGCUGCCCAUCGGUGGAAGAAGCAAAGGCUGCCUUCUUCUGAUGAUGACUAAGGAUAACCGAUGUAAUUCGAGUUCAACCAAGACCAACUUUUCUUCCAUGGAAACUCCCUGGAAGUUGUGGGAUUCCUUGUGUCUGGGCAGUAUACUCAUCUUGUCGUAGCGAUGUCUGUUGAUAGAUAGUGGCGUUGAUGGAUACAUAUCAAUCUGAAUAAAAACAGACAACAUGUAGAAGGAAAGCUCUCUAUUAAUGUCAAGUUUUUAGAAGCUGAUUUGUUC